AGAAUCAAAGAAAUCAUUUGUGGGAAAAUGAUUCUCUCCAUGGAGACGAUUUUGGAGAUGACGGUCCUUUUGCUUCAAAUGAGACUUCUAUCUCUCAAGAGUUAUCUAGAUCAACCAGCUUCAUCUCCCCUAUUAUCUGAUCAUGGUGAUUCCAAUCUAGAAAAAGGUAAACAAAACAAUGGAAUACCCAUUGAUGAUGGAUCAGAGAGUAGUCAAUCUUCCCUAAUUUCACAGGUGAUGGAGGCAAUUAAAAACAUAUUGAUCAUAGCAUUCCCAAUUAUCAUAGCUGGUAUUCUUAUCUAUGGAAAAUCAGCAAUAUCAAUCCAUUUUUUGGGCAAAAUCAGCAAAGAGGCAUUAGCUGGUGGGUGCCUAGCCAUUGCCAUGGCUAACCUUAGUGGUUAUUCUCUCAUUUAUGUACUUGCAAUUGGCAUGAAAUAUAUCUCCUUAAAAGCUUAUAGGGCACAACAAUGGGUUGUUAUUGGUCAAACCCUCCAAUGCACCAUAAUAAUCUUGAUUCUAGCAUGCAUCCCCAUUUCAAUCUUGUGGCUUAAUUUCAAACCCAUCCUUUGCAUGUUUGGUCAGAACCCAACCAUAGCAUCAAUUGUUGGUACCUAUCUUGCAUGCUCUCUACCUUCUCUCCUUUUUCAAUCCAUCAUCAAUCCUCUCAAGAUCUACAUGAGAAUCCAUAACUUGACAUUUCCUCUCAUGAUUUCUUCAGCCGCAUCACUUGUUUUCCAUCUCCUCAUAAACUAUGUGAUCACACAUUAUUUUGGCCUCCGAAUUCAAGGUAUUGCCUUGGCUGGUGCCCUCACUGAUCUAUAUCUCCUCAUCACCCUUUUGAUUUUCCUUCGGAUCCCCCGGGCUUGUUCUGAAUGUUGGCAAGGUUGGUCAAUUCAAUGCUUCAGACUAUGGAAGCCUAUUCUUUCCAAAGCAGUCCUAAGUUUGCCCUCAGUUUUCCCAAAAUGGUGGUGGUGGUAUGAGUUAGUGAUGAUCCUUUUAGGGAUCCUCACGAGUAAUGUUAAUGCAAUAGCCACAUUUGGAAUCAUAAUUCAAGCCACUUCAUUUGCCUACAAUUUCUCUAUUGCUUUAAGCAGGGCCAUAUCAACAAAAAUUGGUGAUGAUCUAAUGGCUAAUAGACCUAGCAAAGCAAAGGCAUCGUCUUAUGCUGCACAGUUUUGUGCCCUUUUCACAUGCAUUGUGACAAUGUUAUUCAUGGUGAGUGUGCGCAAUAUUUGGGGACAUAUCUUCACUCAAGACAAAGCAAUUUUAUAUUUAGUUGCAGUAGCAUUGCCUGUAGCAGGAAUCUGUGAGAUGGGGAACUGUCUUCAAACAACAAUUUCUGGGAUUUUGAGGGGGAGUGCUAGGUCUCAUUUGGCUGCUAGACUCAAUUGGGUGUCUUUUUACUGUGUUGCUUUGCCCAUUUAUGUUUUGAUGGGUUAUGGGCUGGGUUUGGGCUUGUUGGGCUUUAUCUUGGGAUUAUGGGUUGCUCAACAGGUGUGUGGGAUUGUAAUAGUGAUUCUGUUGGCAAGAACAGAUUGGAAGGUGCAAGCAAGUAGGGUCCAAGUGUUAGCAAGUGGAAUUAUGUAACCAAUAUGCAAAAUAUAUAAUGUAAGACUAUGAAAGAAUCAUAUCUAUAAGACAAGACUAUAUUGAUCAUAUUUCUAUUAGCCA